AUGGACCACCAGGACGCUCAUGUCAUUGUUGUCGGCGCUGGAAUAUCCGGUCUCCUGAUCUGCCAGGCGUUGAAGAAGGCCAACAUCCGAUUCUCCAUCUUCGAGAGAGAAGAGACGUUGAAUUACCGCAGCAAUGAGUGGACAAUGGCGAUCCACUGGGCUCUGCCCCUUCUCAAAGACAUUCUCCCCGAGCAGCUAUACGCCAAAAUGUCCGUCAUUGCUUGCAAUCCCACAGUGGGCAUCCACUCGGGUCUCUACCCGAUAAUCAACGGCGAGACGGGCGAGCUCAUCACCGGGGUGCCGUACGAGAAUGGGCUGCGCGUGCCGCGAAGUCGCAUGCGAGCCUUGGCCGCCGAGGGAAUCCAUGUGCAGUACGGCAAACUCGUGACCGACAUUGCCUUCAACGAAAGCGGCCGGGGAGUCGUCGCGACCUUGUCCGACGGCACCAUCGUCCCCGGAACCAUGAUCAUCGGCGCCGACGGGCCAAAAUCCACGGUUCGCCAGUUCGCAAUGGGCAGCGCGGACAAGGCCGCCGUGACCAAGUUUCCCAUCUUCCACACCAACAUGACUGUUUGCUACAACGACGCCGACAAGGCCAAGACGGUCAGGCACCAGUACCCGACCAGCUACUUGGCGCUGAGCCAGCGUUCUUUCCACGCAUUUCAGUCGAUCUCGAGCAUGCCCGAGGGACCCGACCACCCAGAGUCGUGGGUCUUCCACAUGGCCAUGGCGUGGCUCGGCGAGGUGGACAACAGCUUGAGCUACAGAGACCGUCUGGCUCUCAUCAAAGAGCGCGCCGCCGGCAUGGGCGAGCCCGCGCGCUCGGCCUUCAUGUGGCUCCCCGACGACACGGAGGUGCACAAGGCCGACAUCAGCUACUGGGUGACGCAGGCCUGGGACAAUCGCCAGGGGCGGCUCACGCUCCUCGGAGACGCUGCGCAUCCCAUGCCCCCAUAUCGUGGCCAGGGCCUGAACCACUGCAUAAAGGACGUCUCGCUUCUGUCCGAGGUUCUCAAGGCGGUACUUGGCAGCCCUGCCGCGUCGCUCACGCUCGCCAAGGGCGUGGCUCAGUAUGAGGAGGAAAUGAUUCCUCGCGGGGCAGAAGAGGUCCGGUGCUCCGUGGAAAACGGCAUGCUGCUGCACGACUGGAAGAAGAUCCAGGAGAGUCCCGUCUUUCGCCGCGGCUUCAAGCCCAUGGAUGGUCACGGCGACGCCGUCCAUGUUGCCGGUCCUGACGAGAAUAUCAGCGAACAUGCGCGGGUCCAGAUGGAGCGAGAUGCCGAGCUGGCUGGUACUCUGGCUGCCGUCUCUUCCUAG